AUGCCUCGAGGAGUCAAGACCUUUACGAACGGCACAGUCACAGUGAGACUUGACAUUUCAUCAUUACAUCGAAUCACACAAGUUAUCAUUUCAAACACGCUAGGUAUAGUCAUGGAUAACCAAGCCCCUGGUUUACGUACCGGUGAGAAACUCUCGACCGCAAGUCCAAAGUAUUUCUUACUUCUUCAUACUUAUUCGAAACAAAGUUCCCCUAUUUCAUCCCCAAUACUUGUGUAG